AUGGGAAAUCUGAAUAAGAAUUCAUAAACCUAAAACUAAUGUAUAAAAUUAUCUUUAUUAAAUAUAAUCUAAUAAAAGGAAUAAUGCAAUUCAUUAACUUUUAAUUAAGAUGCUUCAAUUUUAUUGGCAGGCUGUAAUAAUUAAAUUAAAGUGUUCUUUUUCAAAAGGGAAGAAUUAAAACUGAUAAACAAAUUAUGUUCACACAAAUCAAAUCUUAUUACUUUAAAUUACAUGAAAAACUCUCAAAACUUUGUAUCUGGUAGCAGGGAUGAUACAAUCAUAAUAUGGUCAAUCAAUUUAAUAUCAAAAUCAUUAAUACUCAACAAAUUAUAUAUAAAUUCAUAAGGAGAAAAAGGAGUACUUUGUUUAAUUAUUAAUAAAAAUGAAGAUUUAAUUAUAUCUGGUUAUUAAGAUUCAACAAUUAAAUUUUGGAAAAAGGUUUUUAAUACUUAAUAAUGGAUGUGUUGUUAAAUAAUCAGAGAUCAUUUUUGGGAAGUUUUUGCAUUAAGUUUAAAUGAAGAUUAAAAUAAGAUUAUCUCUUGUGGUUAUGAUAAAUUUAUACUUAUAAUUUCACAAUAAACUAUUGAAACAGAGUAAAAAUGGAUUGUGAUUCAAAAAAUUGAAUUAAAUAAUUUUGGUUGUAGAUUAUGUUUUAUCAAUAAUUAUUUAUUCACAUUUCAGCCCUAUUAAUCUUCUGAACUAUUAAUUUAUGAAUUUAAUAAAAGUUAAUAAUAAUUUAAUGAAACACCAAAAAGAUUACAUGUUGAAGGUCGUGGUUAAGCUUGUGCUUCACUUUUUCCACAAAAAUUUAUCUAUUAGUAAAAUCUUUUGAUUAGUAAAAAUGGUUAUAAAGUAAACUUCUUAAAAUUAGUUAAAAUUGAUGAUAAUAUUGAUUUUAUAUUAGAUUCCUCCCUAGAUUUUGGAGAUAAUUGUAUCUAUGGUAAUGUGAGUGAAAACGGAGAAUAUUUUGUAACAUGGGAUGAAUAAUCAAAAGAAAUAUAGAUAAGAAAAUUUUAAUAAUAUUGA